CUCUUUCCUCACUCGCCAUUUUAGAGCAUUUCACUUUUGAGAAUUUGCCAAUUUUUUCUUUCUCUCCCGUCUUUGAUCUUCUUUUGUUAUAAAUGGCAACCGUGAUUCUUCGCUCUAAUGAUUGUUUUCGAGGUCGGUUUGGCCACGAAGCCUUAGCCCUAACGGCAUCGCCUGUCAGAUCACGGAGAAACCCUAACCCUAGCCCUAUUCCAAUCCCUAACUCUAAUCCCUGCUAUACUCGCCGGAGGAAGAGAAGCCCGGUAGCCGUUCAAGCCAUUCAUCAGGAUCGUGAUAGGAGUAGGUAUGGCGGUCGAUCCACGGUGGCGAAAGGUUCGGCUACGAACCUUGUAAUGGGCCAGGUCAAGAUCCUCAAGCGUGGGGAGAGGCUGAAUUCGGAGAACAACCAAACGCGAGUGCUCGCUGUUUCCUCAGACAACCAUAAGAUGGCCAAGAGCGACGGAGAUUUUGAUUUGGUUUUGGGAUCGACUGAUCGUUUGGGUCCGGACCCGGAAAUGGUGCAGAAGCAGAUUAGGAUUUCGGAUUUGAAGGACGGAAUCUAUGCUGGAUCCGCUUUUGUUGCAUCACCGCCUCCGAGUUCAGUGCCGGUGCCGGGAUUUCUUGGGAAGAACGGUGCAGCCACCAGCGAUUUGAGGCGGUUGCUGAGGCUGGAUUUGGUAUGAUAAGGGGCAGUCGGGCUGGCGUAUAAUCUCAAAAGUAGAUCGAUUCCGUCGAUUGAGAAUAAAGUUUGUAGUGGUGAUUGAUGGCUGUAUGACAGAUGUUAGGAUUUCGGUUCUUCCUUCCUUCGUAGAUGGUCGUUCGCAUAAUCUCAACGAGCUUCCUUUAUUUUUUCAAGAGGUUGCCUGUUGAAUGCGAGCAAAUCAAGAAUUGUUCGAAGCUUUGCUAGGAGAUGCUUCCAGUGAUGAGAGUUUGAUACUUUAGUUCCUGGAAGGGGGCUUACUCAGUUAGUUAGUAUUAGUACACCUGUUAAAGGGCGGAAGAUUGGACUUUCAAGACUAAAAUUCUCUUGUAAAUUCACGUAGGCUUAAAAGAACAAUAUGGUGGAUUUAGGCUGUGCCUGUAGAUUUCGUGCGUCGUAUGCGUUGUCCUUAGAUCUUGUGGAAGGAGGUUUGCUUUGUGUUGGUUCGGUUUUUUUUUUUUUUUUCGGGGUCUUUGUUUGGUCCUUUUGUCGUUUUCUUUCAUUGUAGUUCUGAAUUCUGAUGCAAUAAGAUUCAUGUAGUUAGCUUA